AUUCCGUCAAUGAAGUUGAACUGAAUAACUGCGAGAGGUCGCCGAACGUGAUGUGCGCAAAAGAACGAAAUUUAACAUUUGCGCCGUUUAUGUAUAUCUUUGAACAUGUGUUUUUUUCAUUGAAAAGAAAAAUCAAGUUAGAAUGAUGUAAAUAUUACCAAUUUUUGAAUUGUUAGUGAUUUUUAAUUCGAUUUCUAUAUAAGUGGAUAUCGAAAUGUUAAAAAUAUUUAAAAAUAAAUCUGUCAAAUUUGGAAUACCAUUUCUCGUUUUCAUGCUGGGUGCACCGUUUUUAGUAAAUGAAUUUCAACGACUUCGUUACGAGUAUAAACCUUUAAUAGCACAAGAUGUGUUGCGUGAUGAAAUGAAGAAGAAAGGAUUGCAUAUGAAGAAGCCUGGGGAGGUUACUUUAGAAUCAGAAUAUGCAAAAAUCAAAGACAAAGAUACGAGUAAUUGGGAAAUCAAACGCAUUCCUCGUCCUUAUGAAGAGCCUGAGACGAAAUGAAGCGGGUCAAUGGAAAAGGGAUGCCAAACUUCCUUUGGAAGAAUGAGGGUUAUGUCAAAUAUGUGUAAGUAAAUGUACAGUAGAAACAUUAAACAAUAAAUUAUACAAUGUAUGAUAUUUGUCAA